AUGGUUGAAAAGAGAUUUCCAGGAAUCCUGUCCAAGGGACAACAUUUGUUUGAUGCAUCUAUUCUUUCAUCAUCGGACGAAAGAGUCGCCAAGUCAUACUUUACGUUUCUUGGCAUGCUCAAAAGACUGAGCGAUCUUGCUUCGCCUACGACCACCCACUCCUUUUUUUCUUUUUUGAGUUCCUCAAAAAAGUUACUAAGGAUUUAUACCCAAAAUAUUGAUGGAUUGGAGAGAAAGGUAACAUUGCCUGCUGAAAAGAUCGUCUAUUUACAUGGCAGCUUAGAGUAUCUUUGCUGUACCAUAUGUGCAUAUAGACAAACAUUUUCAAACGACAACUAUGUCAAGUACGAAAGUGAUGGAAUUCCUUACAAAUGUCCCUCAUGUCUGGAUCGUGUAAACGCUAGGAUAGUAUCUGGAAAACGGUCACUUCCGGUUGGAGUGCUUACACCUCCGAUUCUUUUAUAUAACCAUGUAAAUUCAUCCAAAAACACCGUUCCCAAUCUUGAAGUCAAACAGGGCGACGUGGUUGCCUCUGCAUUGUUCGAAGAUGAAUCCGUUCUUAGAAGGAAAAAAGAGAUAAUUCUGUUCGUUGUCGGAACAUCAUGCAAAGUUAUUGGGGUGAAAAAAUUGAUAAAGCGAAUGGCUCCAUUGUCGUGCAUGACUGUUUUCAUCAACAAAACCCCACUGCCUCAAAAAGAAUGGAAUUCUGUUUUCAACGUGCAGCUGAUUGGCGAUUGUGACGCCAUUUUUGAAAAGAUUUGGAAAUCAGUACAAGGUCCAUCAAGUAUCACAACAUACUUUCGCUCAACAAUCGCCACCAUGGAGGCCGCCAAGCCGGAAAAAAGCCAUGUGGAGAAUUCUUCCAAUUGUGUAAAUAUCAAAGCCACAUCAUCUCCUGUGAAAAAAACUCUAGAUUUUUAUUUUGAAAAAAGCCCCGUCAGGGUGGUUAGAAAAUUCUCCGAACUGCCAAUCACGCCACCUGCACUGAUUUCCAAAUCUUGCCAUAGAUUAUCUAUUUCUCCAUGUAAAAGCCCCACAACAAACCCAGCGCUUCCGUUUAAAUGUACAAAGCAUUCACCGAAAUUGGAAAAAUGA